AUGGUUACUAAUUGUUAUUCUAGCAAGGAUAAAUAUACUCAGGUAUUAUUAGCUACUGCAUUAGUUAGGGUCCAAACUAAAAAUGGAAGCUACCAACUGCUGAGAGCUUUGCUCGACCAGGGGUCACAGGCCUCAUUUAUAACAGAAUCAGCAGUACAGUUACUUGGAGUCAAGAAAACUUUUGUAAAGAGUUCGGUGUGUGGAUUGGGUGGUAAUGUUAGUGUGUUGACCUCAAAGGCUGUAGUCAAUAUAGCUAUAUCAUCAAUCCAUGACACUGAAACAGUAAUUGAAUUGGGUGCUCAUGUUUUGAGCAGAUUAACAUCGUUUUUACCAAUCAAACCAAUAGUCAUGAAUAACUGGCCUGAACUUAAAAAUUUGAAGUUAGCAGAUCCAAAUUACCACACUCCUGGUAAAAUCGAUAUUUUAUUGGGGAGUGAUGUCUAUGGAAAAAUAAUACAGGAAGGUCUCCUUCGUAGCCCUUAUGGCACCACCAUAGCACAGAAGACUAAUUUGGGUUGGGUACUGUCAGGUCAAGUUAUUUCACCUACCACUCACAGUAUAUUUGUGAAUUUACAUACACAAAUGAGCGAUGAUGAACUUCUCAAGAAGUUUUGGGAACUAGAAGCAGAACCUACCGAUAAAAUAAAUCAACGCUUAACACCAGAGGAACAAAAAUGUGAAGAUUUGUUUGCGACCACAACUAAAAGAGACUGUAAAGGACGAUAUAUAGUAAGAUUGCCUUUUACAAAAGAAACCCCAGCAUCAAAAUAUGGAAAUUUAAGAGAAAUAGCUGUGCGCAGGUUUUAUGGACAAGAAAAAAGAUUAAUCAGAAAUAGAGAUUUGAAAAAACAAUAUGAUGACACUAUUGAAGAAUACUUGCAAUUAGGUCAUAUGGAACAAAUCAAAUUUAAUAAAAAUACAGAAGCUGUUUACUUGCCACAUCAUGCAGUGAUUCGUGAAGAUAAGGCUACAACAAAAGUGAGAGUAGUCUUUGAUGCAUCAUGUAAGGGUGAGAAUGGCAUUUCGCUUAAUGACGAUCUCCUGAUAGGACCACGUCUACAACCAGAUCUACGACAUUUAAUUAUGAAAUUUCGCCUAGGUCCAAUUUGCCUUGUCGCGGAUAUUGUGAAGAUGUACAGAAUGGUUAAAGUAGCUCAACAGGAUGUGGACUAUCAAAGACUCGUUUGGCGCAGAAAUCCAGAGGAUGACUUAAAAGAUUACAGACUUCUUCGCGUUACCUUUGGCACAUCCGCAGCUCCCUAUCUAGCAGUCAAAACAUUACAGCAAUUGGCUUUGGAUGAAGGUACACAAUUUCCUUUAGCUGCUAAAAGAGUUUUGGAGGAUUUUUACGUCGAUGACCUUAUGACCACUUGUGACACGUCUAAUGAAGCAAUAUUUCUGUACAAGGAAUUAAAUAAUUUGAUGAUGAGAGGCGGCUUUAAGCUACAAAAAUGGUCAAGUAAUAGCAAAUUAGUUAUGAAAAUUUUGAGCAAAAAUGAAAAAAGUAAAGAAUCUAUGGAAAUGAUAACCGACCAUAUGACAAAGGUUUUAGGGCUGACUUGGAAUAGAUCAACAGAUAAAUUCGUAUAUUCAGUACAUCUAGAAGAACAAAUUAUUCCAGUUACUAAACGACGUGUGAUUUCGGAUAUAUCUAAGCUUUAUGAUCCACUUGGAUGGAUUUCGCCGUGUAUUAUACCAGCAAAAAUUUUAAUCCAAAAAUUGUGGAUGUCAGGUAUCUCGUGGGACGAGGAGUUACCAUCUUCGUUGAAAAAGGAAUGGGAAGAGUAUCGCAAGAGUUUAAAAAAAUUGUCUGAAGUCGAAAUAAAGCGUUGGAUUGGACUCCAAUCAACUAAUUCAAAAUUAGAAUUGCAUGGAUUUAGUGACGCAUCAAAUGCAGCCUAUGCUGCUGUUGUUUAUGCAAGAGUGCGCGAUAAAGACGGACGAAUUCAUGUAAACUUGUUCACUUCCAAAACAAAAGUAGCACCAAUAAAGCAAAUAUCAAUACCUCGAUUAGAGCUGUGUGGUGCAACGUUACUUACAAAAUUAUUAAAAGAAGUCGCAACAAUGCUACACGUAGAACCAUCCAAUAUACAUGCGUGGACCGAUUCGACAAUAGUACUGGCAUGGCUGCGUGGCCACCCUAGUCGAUGGAAAACUUUUGUAGCGAAUAGAGUAUCAGAUAUAUUGACAACACUUGAAAGUAAUCAAUGGUCACAUGUUAAGUCUGGCGAAAACCCAGCAGACAUCGCGUCACGUGGGAUGACUCCUAGUGACUUACAAAACAAUGUUUUAUGGAUGAACGGACCCAGCUGGCUUUGUAAUGAUAUUGUACAUUAUGACAAACCAGAUGUCGAUGAAGAUGGAUUAUUGAGAGUCCGGGGUCGAAUAGACAAUUCGAAUGUCAGUGAUGAGGUCAAACAUCCAAUUAUCAUACCAAGAAGUGGUCAUUUUACGAAGUUAAUGGUUGCAGAUGCACAUGAAAAAACAUUACACGGAGGACCACAAAUGAUGACCAACUUCCUCAGAGGAAAAUAUUGGAUUAUUGGUGCUUCUAAGGAAUUGAAAACUUUAUUCUCCAAAGAAAAUUCCAAUUUGAUGCCCGAUAUAUCAGAGAGUUUAUCUAACAAUGGAACAUCAUGGCAAUUUAUUCCUCCACAUGCACCUCAUUUCGGUGGAUUAUGGGAGGCGGGCAUCAAGUCAACCAAAUACCACUUAAAAAGAGUCGUCGGUAAUUCCACGCUCACCUUUGAAGAGUUGACUACGGUUCUAUGUCAAAUUGAAGCAUGCCUUAACUCAAGACCUAUUGCACGUCAAAGUGUAGAUGACCCAGAAUCGGAAAUGCCACUAACACCAGGACAUUUUUUAGUGGGUGGUCCAUUGGUUAUACCUCCAGAUUACAACUUUGAAAUGUCAACUAUUAGUACAUUAAAACGUUGGCAAUUGACUCAACGCAUGGUGCAGGAUUUCUGGAGACGAUGGUCAUCAGAAUACCUUACGCAACUUAAUCAGCGAUACAAAUGGGCAAAAGUAUCACCAGAACCAAAUAUUGGUGACAUUGUACUUGUUAAAGAAGACAAUCUUCCUCCAGCAAAAUGGUUAUAUGACUAA